AUUGUGUGAAGAUACAAUUUGCCAUAUAUUGGAUGUAGUUCGGAAUAAAGUCAUGAAAUCUGGAGAAAUUAAUAUUAAUAAUGAUGAACGGCAAUUAUCAUUGCUCAAAGUUUCUAGAUUUUUGUCAUUUUUAUUAAAUGCUACUGGCGUGGUGAAUGAGCUCCAAGAACAUCCACAAAUGAAAUAUGUUCGCACUCAGAUUAUUCAACUAGUUAAUUCAAUGAAAAAUAGAUCAAUUAAAAUGGGGUUACUUGAAACAUUAACUGAAUUUAUGAAUGACGAAUUGAUCAGCUAUUUUAAUUCAGGUGUUGGCUUUGAUGAUGAGAUUACUAGUGAAAUGCUGGAUUUUCUUAGGGAAAAAUCGCAUGAACAUUCAGAAAUUGCUGAACAUUUAUUUUCUUUCUAUUAUAAAUGGUGUGAUAAGACUGUUGAUUUUCGCGCUUACUUGGAAGACCUUACCGAAAAGAUGGAAUCAUUAAAAGAUGUCUCGCUUGACGAUUUUACUUCUCAAGAUUAUUGGUUGCCACAUGAUACGAUUAUUGAAAUCAGCCAGAAAGUAUAUCAAUAUAGAGAUUCUCAAACUUUUGAAAACAUGGUUAAAAAUAAUGUAAAAGAUGAAGAUAUGCAAUCAAAUGUGUUGAACGUGGCCAUAAUUUUCAGAGAAGUUGUGAUUGAACAAUAUCGAAAAACUUGUGAUAGCUACAAAAAUUGGCAGAAUAUUAAUUGUUCCGAGGCACGAAUAUUUUGGAAAGAUAUUUCCAAGGAACAAGUUGCGCAUGAGCUUGAAAAAAUGGCUGGUGACGCUUCAUUGUAUCGACGACGUCAAAAGCAGAAUGACCUGAUUGUUUCUAUAGAAUGUUUGGCACUUAUUCCACCUUAUACCACGCGCCUUAAAUAUCUUAAGCAAGUUCUUACUCAAUUUGAUGUAAGGGAUGCAGAUAAAAGUUGGGUGGUUGAAAUGUUGAAGAAUUUAGAAAAUGAAGAUAUGAAAUUAGAUAUGUUGCCCGAUAGUUUUCAAAAACUUAAUAAGCAUUUAAAUGAACUCAAUGGAUACACCUGGUCUGUG